AUGAAGUUUGACAACAUUCUGGAGACAGUGGGCGCAUUUGGUCCUUCCCAAAGGCGUCUGUAUAUACUUCUCAGCCUGCCCGCCAUUUAUAAUGCUGUCAUCCUUAUGGUCAUCUCUGUGUUUCUCUUUGCUGUUCCUGAACACAGGUGUGCUAUUCCCGGGAUGAAAAAUGAUACCUUCCAGAUUCAAAGAGAGGCUCAUGCUGACCUCAUCAACAGGACAAUGCCGCAUGACAAUGAUAACGUCGACCUACCUCGUUCAUCAUGCUUCAUUUAUUCAACGUCUGAAAAUGUGACAUCCCGCGAUAUGAAUACCGUCACUGAGCCAUGUCACAAGUGGAUAUAUGAUAAAAGCGUGUAUCAGUCGACUGUUGCGCAAACAAUGGACCUUGUGUGUGACCGGAAGCUGUAUGUGAGUCACGCCAAGAUGAUGGCCAUGGUUGGGCAACUCGUUGGAGUUCUUAUUGGUGGCCCCAUGUCCGACAAGCUUGCAAUUGGUAUGGGGUUUUAUGGUCUCAGCAUGAACGUCACAAACCUCUCUGGCAACGUCUACCUAAACUUCUUACUGUUUGUUCUGGUAGAGGCAUGUGCGUAUGUCAUAUGUCUUCUCCUGAUGGAGCGCAUUGGGCGGAAGAAGAUGUUGUGCACUGCAAUGCUGAUGGCAGGAAUAGCAUGUGCUCUGUCGUUCGUCCCGUUCUUUGUCACAGAAACCCCUAACAAGUGGAUCAUCAACAUUUUGGCGUGUUUGGGCAAUACGUGUGUAUCUACAGGAUUUGCCGCCGUUUAUGUCUUCACUGCAGAGCUGCUGCCCACAACUUCUCGAAACUUUGGCAUGGGCAUCUCUUCUGUGUUUUGUAGAAUUGGCAGUAUAUCGUCACCAUAUAUUAAUGAUCUGCACAAGAACUGCUUCGCCUUGACAGGGAAUGUGACAGCAGAACCACUGAAACAGCUUGACUUCUUGAUCCAAGGGUCCUGA